GUUAAUUCCUAGGGCAUUGUAAUAUUUCCGAUAGCACAGGAAGGUAUCGGAGUGCUUUCCUUUCAUCCAAUGGCAUUGAGCGCUGGGCCAGAUGAUUGGUGACGAAAGCAGCCUAGCGUUUAUUUAGGCUCUGCUACUUAUUUGUCUCUGUGUCGCCGCCAUUAAACAACACUGACGCGAUGUAGCGUCGUGGAUUUAUAUCAUGAUUCGGGGAGCACAGAGAGAGGCGUUGUCAAGACGUGGUUUAUUCAGCGAGAGGUUAAUGUGUUUGUUAUGGUAAACAUGUGAGUGACCAAAGGGGUCUAAAUAAAACUGAUUGGGAAAAGCUUGAUAGGGCAGGAGGAGGAGGAGGAGGAGGAGGAGAAGAAGGGGGGUCUGGAGAAGAAGGGUUUGUUGUGGUUUUCCACAGCACUUGAGAGACGAGCACAGUCGCCAAACGGAAGCCAGUGUGUUUGAAGAUCCCCGAACAGAUGUUACGUUGGUUUACAACCUGCUGGAACAUAUACAUGGAGUAACAUCGUGAAGACACUUGAUUUGGUGUUAACAUUGACCAGCCGAAGUGACCAUCCACCAUGACGGAUCAGAAGGUGAAGUGGGCCUGUGACUACUGCACCUACGAAAACUGGCCAUCUGCAAUCAAGUGCACUAUGUGCCGUGCGCAAAGAUCCAGAGGUGCCAUCAUCACAGAGGAACCUUACAAGAACAGCCCUGAUCUGGGCUCCAGUCUGGAAUGGGACCCUCCCAGAACUGAGAACGGCAGCAGCCUCCUCAUCUGCCCUGAUUCCAGUGCUAGGCCAAGAGUUAGGUCAGUGAGCAUGGCUGAAAUUGCUAACAAAUGGUCCUGCCAGAUGUGCACCUACCCGAACUGGCCGCGGACCGCCCGUUGCACGCAGUGUUUAUAUCAGCACCCGAGGACCAGUAGCCCUACUGAAUUCCCUCAGACGUCAGGGUCCAAUGCAGGCUGUCGCCCCGGUCUUCACUCUCCUAUGGACACCUGUGAGGAGUACAAUGACAGAAACAGACUCAACACCCACCAGCAGCACUGGACAUGCGCAGCAUGCACUUACCAGAACUGGCCCAAAACUACAAAGUGUGUGGUGUGUAAUCACCCCAAGCCCAACAACCAGGAAGCCAUAGAGCUGGCUGAGUCUGUAGAGCCGUCACCCAUGAUAAAUGAGCAGGACGGGACCUGGUGGACAAGCAGCUGCAGUGGAAGCCAAGACCAGAGGCGGUCCCCUCCUAUGCCCAAGAAAGAAGACAAUGUGAAAAUGGACUUCCAGAGGAUAGAGCUUGCAGCUGGAGCCAUGGGCAGCAAAGAGGAGCAAGAGGUUGACUUCAAGAAGCUAAAGCAGAUUAGAAACCGAAUGAGGAAAACAGAUUUACUGUUCCUACAUGCAUGUGCUGGCGUGGUGGAUGGAGACCUGGCGGCAGUGGAGGCCUACAAGUCAUCCGGAGGUGACAUUGCCCGGCAACUCACUGCUGACGAGGUGCAACUCCUCAACCGGUCCUCAGCAUUUGAUGUAGGCUUCACCCUGGUCCAUCUGGCCAUUCGCUUCCAGAGGCAGGACAUGCUAGCCAUCCUGCUAACAGAGGUGAAUCAGCAGGCAGCUAAAUGCAUCCCCUCCAUGGUGUGUCCCGAGCUGACUGAGCAAAUCCGGAGGGAGAUUGCAGCAUCACUACGUCAACGCAAGGGAGACUUCACCUGUUACUUCCUCACUGACCUGGUCACCUUUACCCUGCCUGCAGAUAUAGAGGACCUGCCACCUACUGUCCAACAGAAGCUGUUUGAUGAGGUGUUGGAUCGAGAUGUGCAGAAAGAGUUAGAAGAGGAAUCUCCCAUCAUCAACUGGUCUCUGGAGCUGGGCACGCGUCUGGACAGUCGUCUGUACGCCUUGUGGAACCGCACAGCGGGAGACUGUUUGUUGGACUCUGUUCUACAGGCCACCUGGGGCAUCUACGAUAAGGACUCUGUCCUCCGCAAGACUCUCCACGACAGCCUGCAUGACUGCUCUCAUUGGUUUUACACCCGCUGGAAGGAGUGGGAGUCGUGGUACUCGCAGAGCUUUGGUUUGCAUUUCUCCCUGAGAGAGGAGCAGUGGCAGGAAGACUGGGCCUUCAUCCUGUCUUUGGCCAGCCAGCCCGGGGCCAGCCUGGAGCAAACACACAUUUUUGUUCUUGCACACAUUCUUCGCAGGCCGAUCAUAGUCUACGGAGUGAAAUACUACAAAAAUUUCCGUGGGGAAACGUUAGGAUACACUCGUUUUCAAGGUGUGUACCUGCCUCUGUUAUGGGAGCAGAGCUUCUGCUGGAAGAGCCCCAUCGCUCUAGGCUACACACGGGGCCACUUCUCAGCCCUGGUGGCGAUGGAGAACGACGGCUAUGACAAUCGCGGUGCAGGUGCCAACCUCAAUACUGACGACGAUGUCACUGUAACUUUACCUUUGGUGGACAGUGAGAGAAAACUGCUGCACAUUCACUUCCUGUCUGCACAAGAGAUGGGCAACGAGGAGCAGCAGGAGAAGUUGCUAAGGGAAUGGCUAGACUGCUGUGUGACAGAAGGAGGCACGCUGGCAGCCAUGCAGAAAAGCUCUCGCCAUCGCAACCACCCCCUGGUUACCCAGAUGGUCGAGAAGUGGCUGGACAGAUACCGCCAGACCCGCCCCUGUGCCUCUCUCUCUGACGGUGAGGAGGAGGAGGAUGAUGACGAGUGAAGGGAGCUUGGGACUGGACACUGUAGGCUUUGGGAGAGUACCGUACUAUACACAUUUCUUUUUUCCUUUCUCCAAAAUGUAAAUCUUGUAAUAAUGCAUGUGUUCUGUGAGCUGUGUAACGGGGAUUAAAAAAAACAUACCAGCACCAAGAAACAGAACCCUGAUUACUGCUCCUAUGAAAGCACAUCAAGUCCUUUUAGUUUGCCUUCCUAUACUCAGAUUUCACAUUUAUCAAAGUAUCUUGACCUGGUAGAAAUACCAGGGCAUA